UUAUAUUAUUUUCCUCUGGUUAUUACUCUCUUGCAAGGACAUGGUUGGAUGUGUUAGCUAAUUUGAUAAAAAAAAAUUCAUUACGAAGGCUGGCUGUAUUUCUAGUUAGUUUAUUUGGUAGUGGGGAUGGCGUCUUCUGUGGAGAGGUUGUCCUUGUCUCUCCGCCAUUGUUUCAGGUGUGUGCCUGAGCCGAGUGUGACGGUGGAACAGGUUCUCCUUGCUGUGGGUGAACUAAUAGGUAAUGAAAACCUUUCCACUGCGUCACGAAUGAACAAAAAAAUGGCUGUGUUUGUGAAAGAGGGUGAGAGUGAGAAUGGACAAGGGUGGCUGCCACAGCGGCUGUUGUGGACGGUUGUUCUGGAGUGGAGGCGCUGGUGACUGGACCAUUGGUGGACGGUUGUUCUGGAGUGGAAGCGCUGGUGACUGGACCAUUGGUGGACGGUUGUUCUGGAGUGGAAGCGCUGGUGACUGGACCAUUGGUGGACGUUUGUUCUGGAGUGGAGGCGCUGGUGACUGGACCAUUGGUGGACGGUUGUUCUGGAGUGGAGGCGCUGGUGACUGGGCCAUUGGUGGACUGAGUAGCUACAAUUGCGGAGGUUAAUUCAGUGGAUACAGUAUCUGUCUCUGUGAAGGUGGUGCCGGAUGUGCCGGAGGGGAUCAUGAAGGCCGGCUCUCCAGUGUUGUUUAUCUCUGGACUGACUUCAGUGUUGUUUAUCUCUGGACUGACUUCAGGUCAGUCUCCAGCCUCUCUGAUUGUCAGACCCAACAGAUCUCAGUUCUUUGAAUAUAAAUCUGUCUCUCUGAGCUGUGAGGUUCAGGGUGGUUCUACUGGAUGGAGAGUGGUGAGGAACCCAACAAGUGGAAACCUUACAAGAUGUGGUGAUGGAUGGGGGAGGUUUGAUGGAACCAACUGCAUCAUCUCCUCAACCAAAUCAGUAGACAGUGGAGAGUACUGGUGUCAGUAUGAGUCUGGAGAACACAGUAAUACUGUCAAGAUCAUAGUAACGGCCUUUCUUCACAUCAGUCCAGACAGCUCUCAGUUCUUUGAGUAUGAUUCUCUAACUGUUAGCUGUGAUGUUGGAUGGGUUGUGAAGAGAAACACAUUAAAAGAAGAGACUACAGAGUGUGGUAAUACCUGGGGGAAGAGGAACAUUCUAGACUGCGUCAUCAGCAGCUUACGUCCCAGAGACAGUGGACAGUACUGGUGUGAGUCUUGGUCUGGAGACCAAAGCUCCACUGUCAACAUCUCAGUUCAUGGUGGUCAUGUGAUCCUGGAGAGCCCCGCCCUUCCUGUGACUGAGGGACAUUCUGUGACUCUGAACUGCAGAUACAAGAAAACUCCCUCUAACCUCACAGCUGAUUUCUACAAAGAUGGAUCCCUCAUCAGGAAUGAGACUACAGGAGAGAUGACCAUCCCUGCAGUUAACAAGUCAGAUGAAGGAUGGUACUGGUGUAGACACCCUAUAGGAAACUCCUCAAAGAGCUGGAUAACUGUGUCAGGAACCUCAUCUCCAUCUUCACCUCCACCCUCAUCUCCAUCUCCAUCUCCAACCUCAUCUCCACCUUCAUCCACAUCUCCACCUUCAUCUUCAUCUCCACUUCCCCCUCCAGAGUCAUGUAGUGACUCCAGAGUCUCUCUGUCCAGGCUGUUGUGUAGUCUACUGGUGGUGUCUCCAUACCUGAUAGUGACCACUGUACUGAUGGUGAAACACAGCAGGAACAGGAACAGAGCUAAAGGUGAGAACCCUACUUUUACACAACACUGACUGAAAAGAAAAAUAAUGAUGACAAAGAAGA